CGCCGGAGGGGGCGGGCCCGCGCCAACCUGUUGUGCGUCCCGCUCGGCUUUGCCGGCGGCCACACGCGCUCCAGCGGGCGGUGCAGGGAGCGCCCAGGCCCGGCGUCUCGGGUCGCCGGCCCAAUGCGCCCGCUCGGUCUCGUCUACACCCUGGUGUGCGCCAACCUGUGCGGCUGUCGGGACGCCCCCGCGGCCCCGCAGAGCGCGUCCCUGCGGGCCCUGCGCGCCGCCGGCCUCCGGAGAGAUGACAGCAAUCACCUCACAGACUUGUACCGAAGAGACGAGACCAUCCAGGUGACAGGAAACGGCCAUGUGCAGAGCCCUCGCUUCCCCAACAGCUACCCCAGGAACCUGCUUCUGACGUGGCGCCUGCGUUCCCAGGAGAAAACAAGAAUACAGCUGGCCUUUGACAGUCAGUUCGGAUUAGAGGAGGCGGAAAAUGAUAUCUGCAGGUAUGAUUUUGUGGAGGUUGAAGAUGUAUCUGAGACCAGUACCGUAAUUAGAGGGCGGUGGUGUGGACACAAAGACGCUCCCCCCAGAAUAACAUCAAGAACGAACCAAAUUAAAAUAACAUUCAAGUCUGAUGACUACUUCGUGGCUAAACCUGGAUUCAAGAUCUAUUAUUCUUUUGUGGAAGAUUUCCAACCCGCAGCAGCCUCGGAGACCAACUGGGAGUCCGUCACUAGCUCUAUCUCCGGGGUAUCCUAUCACUCUCCAUCAGUAACGGACCCCACUCUCACUGCGGACGCUCUGGACAAAACAGUCGCAGAAUUCGAUACCGUGGAGGACCUGCUGAAGCACUUCAAUCCAGAAUCGUGGCGAGAAGACCUUGAGAAUCUCUACUUGGAAACCCCCCAUUAUCGAGGGAGGUCCUACCAUGACAGGAAGUCAAAAGUUGACCUGGACAGGCUCAAUGACGAGGUCAAGCGCUACAGCUGCACCCCCAGGAAUUACUCCGUCAACUUACGAGAGGAGCUGAAGCUGACCAACGUGGUUUUCUUUCCACGCUGCCUCCUCGUGCAGCGCUGUGGCGGUAACUGUGGCUGUGGGACCGUCAGCUGGAAGUCCUGCUCCUGCAAUUCAGGGAAAACUGUGAAGAAGUAUCAUGAGGUGUUACAGUUCGAGCCUGGCCAUUUCAGGAGGAGGGCCAGAGCCAAGCACAUGGCUCUCGUCGACAUCCAGCUGGAUCACCACGAGCGCUGUGACUGCGUCUGCAGCUCAAGACCGCCGCGAUAGGAGAACGUGUGCCAGAUCCCCUCGCGCAUACAUCCUAAUUAUAAAAAAAAAAAAGAAGAAGAAGAAGAAGAAAAAGAAGGAGAAGAAGAAGAAGGAAAAAUCCGGUUUCUGGGAAGAAGGCAGAGACCUGACCAUUUUUCCCCGAGGGACACACUACACGCUUACCUAUGUAGGCAGUAAUUACCUGUCUGCAGAAGCAUGCGGUAAUAAUAUAGAUGCCUUAGAAAUUAAGUCAUUAAGUCUUCUUUUUAUGCAUCCUGCUGAGGCAUGCAAAUUCAUUUAACACCUGUCGCAAAAAAAUCUCUCAGAAGGUUUAUUAUUAUAAUCCUUCCAGAGACAAUUUAUCAACUGUCGCAGAACUUUGAACGCUUUCUUUCUGAAAGCCCGUCCACAGAAAUGACGCCUUUGGAGAAUGGCCUGGGGAGUCCGUAGGAGCCUUUCAAAAUGGUGUUCGUCGGAAGAUUUGGGUAGUUGAAAGCAAAAACGGUGAACACAGAAUUGCUAACAUAACUGGAGAUUGGAUGGAAUAUUUAAUUGGCUCCCUGUUUAAUAAUGGAUCCCAACUCUCCGGGUUAGGCCAAUUCAUUUUAUGUAUCUUGCUUUUCUGUUCCUGUCUCUCUGAUACACAAAUAUGCAUUUACGAUGGCGUUUUAUAUCUGGCAAACGUCACAAAUUAUUUACAGCCUGAAAGCUUUCACGUAUCGGAACAACCCAAUUUUGUUGACGUAAAUUCCCGAUCACAUCCUCACUCCCCAGUCUGAAUUCCGGCUUCCUGACUAAGCGAAGUCAGAUCUGGGGGCUGUGGUUCUUGCCACAUCUGUGGAGCUGUGUUGUGAGAAGCCACCUGCAAAUCACAGGCCCACGAAGGUGGCCUGGCUCCACCAGGG